GUUAUCGACACACACGUCACGAGGCAGCUUUUUGAUCUGCCUUGCGAGUCCAAGCUAAUUAACAUUGUAUAUGUGAAGGACCGUGAUCUUAUCAGAGCGAAGAGGAGGCUUAUGGAGUCAAAGAAUCUGCAUAAGAAGGCUGUCUGUUUACCACAUGCACAGGGAUUUGCCAUAUUCCCCCUACUCCAUUCCUGUAAGGUUUAACUGAAGCUUGGUCCUGUCUUGUCAGUUUACCUUUCUGGGUGAGAAUAUUGCCGCCGUCAAUUAAUAUACUAACAUGAAUGCACGAUGAAUCGAGAAAAAAAACACCAUUGUUUAUCAUUCUUAAAAUGUAUAUGACCGGCAUAUGUUUUUGUUUCAGAAAUAAUGAAAAUCCUUUUUACAAAUCUUUUAUUUGUCCCAUCCACAGGCCAUUAUGUCUCAAGGACUGAGGCGUGCCCCCCCCAACAAAAAACGCUAUGAUAUAUUUAACAUAGGCUAUUUCACAGACCAGUAAUAGUCCAGUUUCUGUGCAUUUUUUCAGUGAGACUGCUGUGGCUCUUUCAUUGCAUAGGAUAGGAAAGGAUUGCUUUAAGAAAUAUUACAUUUUGGAUAAAACUCUCAGUGUUUACAUUACAUUUAAGUGAUUUUGAGCUUUUCAUAUAUUCCUUUUAUGUUAUAGUUUGCACUUUCCCCGCACCACCCAAUAAAUAUGGCGUGGCCUCCACAUCAAAAACAGCCUCAGAAACAAACACGCAUAAAAUAAGCAGAUGAAGACAGUACAUUUAGAAAUGGCAGAAAAGUUUUCGGAGGACCUUUUUUCGACACCACCCACCACUAAAUCUUGUACUCUGAUGAAUCAAUUGGAGGACCCUGAAGUGUCUAUACCAGAAAGUUGUCCACAAACGGCACACGUCUUGUCACCAAUCCUUGAACAAAGCACUUCACAGUCUAUGGACUCCACAAUGAUUGAAACUCCCAAAAGGACACAGCAGAGAAAAAGGAGUCGUUUUUUAGAGUUUCCAACUCACACCUCAACCCCAGCCGGCAGGUCUCAGCGCCAGCCACAUGGCACUAGCAGAACUCCACGCAGCAGAUAUCCUGAAGCUUCUGGGACUCGGUGCCACACCAGCACACCGCCACAAGCCGGCAGGUCUCAGCGUCAGCCACAUGGCACUCCCAAGACUCCAAGCGACAGAUAUUCUCAAGCUUCUGGGACUCGGUGCCACACCAGCACACCGCCACAAGCCGGCAGGUCUCAGCGCCAGCCACAUGGCACUACCAGAACUCCACGCAACAGAUAUUCUCAAGAAAAGCAAGACAAGUUUCCAAUGUCUGAAAAAAGAUUCCAAAGAAAGGUUCUGAUGCUGCUUCUAGAAAUAAAAGAAGAGCUAAGAAGAGUUGGACAAAGGGUUGAACCAGACACUGUGUUCCACCUGUCUACUUUGGAGAGCGUAGAGGAAUUACAGCACUUGGAAAGGAAGUUAAUAAAUGAGGAGACCCGGGCAGCAAUGGUGUCAGCGCUGUGCAAAAUAGGAGGAAGAAACCUCAAGGACAGUGCAAGAAGGAUGCUGGAUAGGUUACCACAGCGAGCAGGAUGCAGUUCAUGGCCUGACCUGAUGGUAGAGGGAGAAUGGGAAGUGGGGACCUGACAAGAGCUGAGAUGAUAGAGCUGGAUAAAGAAGGACGCGGUCUCUUGACAUGUCUUCACCACAAAACUUCAAAUGCUAUUAGAUUAUUAAUGAUAAUCUUAAACUAUAAUUUAUUUUAUUAUUAAGUUUAUUUAUUUUAUUUAGCCUUGUUGUGCAAGUUCUCUGGAGCUUGUGCAGAGGCAGCAGCUUUUGCCAGAGGGGAACUGGAAUCCCCUGGUUGGGCCUGGGUUCUCCUGAGGUUUUUUUUCUCGAUUAGAGUUUUGGGUUCCUCGCCACCGUUUGCAUACUGUUUUUGCACUAUCUGCCUGACCGGGGGGGCUGCUUUAGAAUCUUAAAGUUUUACUUAAUUAAUAUUGCAUAUAGGAAUUUAUUAUCUGUUAUAUUUGACCUGUGCUUCUCUCUCCUUUAUCCUAAAUGUGUGCUCUCACUGAGCGUGUGUGUGUGUGCGUACUUGUCUGUGUACGUACGUGUGUGUGUGUGUGUGUGUGUGUGUGUGUCUC